ACAAACUGCCAUCGCUCAGCAGCUACGCAUUCCGACGCGCUGAAUAAGCGACCGGCGCUGGCGAUCUGCUUUCCAAUCCCUCUCAGAGCCCAGGCAGCGUGGAGACCUGCGCACCGGCGCGACCCGCAGAGCGCGAACACAGGUUCUGAGUCUGCGCAGCGUCUCUAUUCACCAUGUAGCUCCCCUCGCCCCUUGGCCAUCCCAGGCCCAAUUUCCUAGCACUUUGGACAUUGUUACCGAGAUUUCCUGACUCGUCUUGUCUCCAGCAACUUGGAGUAGGUGCCGGGCCCGGGGCUUGCGCACCGCACCCCUCCCGUUUCCCGGGGUGUGCUAACUGGGGGGCGGGCCCAGCUCUGGGCCUCCCUGAGGUCACCAUACGAUAGCCAAUCCCGGGUGUCUAAGUGGGCGGGGGACUCCGUGUGAUCCCGGGAACCGAACCCGGAGGAGAAGAUGGGGACCCAGAACGUAGGGGGGAGGGGAAAAGUCACGGGGCACCCCCAAAAUCUCUUUUUAGGGUGCUAGCUCUCACCCAGAAGAGGCUUAAAGCUACAUUUUCUCUGGGAUCUGAAGUGUGGGGGUGGCUUGCUGGGGGUUGGGGGGAUUCAUCUGCCUCAAUUCUGGAGACUUUGAAAGGUGUUGGCAUAGAGCGUAGACGGCGUGCAGGUCUAUGACCUAGGCCCUGUGGCCGAGUAUCGGCCACAAUGACCUCUUUACCCUGUUCCCUUCCUGGCCGCGAAGCCUCCAACGUAGUCUUCCCGGACCUCGCCCCCGCCCCGUCGGUAGUGGCUGCCUACCCGCUUGGCCUGUCCCCCGAAACCGCAGCUUCCCCCGAUUUGUCCUACUCCCAGCCUUAUGGCCACCUCCUGCCCUAUUCCUACCCUGAGCCAGCAACCCCAGGAGACGCCUACCUGCCCAGCCAGCAACUCUCGGCGGGGCGGCGUGGUCUCAACCCUUCCACCCGCCAGUUGAGCACCCUCAGGAGCUUGAAACAGGUAAAGAUUGGUUUCAGAACAAAGGCUCCAAACAGAAGAAACUCCUGCAACAGAACUCUGGAGAGCAGGAAGAAGACUUCCCCUCCCUGUCUCCCUGCUCCCCAAAUCUUUCAUCCCUCUGGGGUCUACUCAAGGCAGGCGCCCUGCCUACCAGUGGCCAUGGCAAUGGCUUCAGAGCCUGGUAUCAGCUCCCCAGAUGUGCAGCUUCUGCCUCAGAUGCUAUGAGUCUAGAGAAGAGGCUGGUUAGGCUCCAACCCUCCUGUCAAGCCCAGGACAUCGCACCUGCUCUCCUUCUGGGGGGAGAGGAAACCAGCUCCAGAUGGAUUUUCUCAAGACAAGAAGCAAAAUGAGAAAAAAGAACAGAGUGGGGGUCUGGAUCUUCAAGCCAGAUAGCUAAAUCAAAGGCUUUAAUCUUUAAUCUGUCCCCAGUGCUACCAUGGACUGGACAUCUCCUCCCUCUGGCAGGACAAAGACUUUAGAGAGCAGCACUGGCUAGAGUUUAGACUGUGAUGGUCUUGCCUCUCCCCCCUCUUCAAAUGACUGCAGCCCCACCACAGCCUAGGAUCUAAGCCAGGAAGAAAACAAAUAUUAUUUCUGGCCCGCACCUUGGGCCCUACCAGCCCGUCCAUGAACAAAUCCAGAAGUGGACACAGUCUCUGUUGUUGGCCAUAAAGCCUCUGUUUUUCGUCUACCAGUUAUCAGUGAUGGUCAGCCCAUUACCUCCCUAGCUGGAGGUGCGGUCCAGUGGUAGAGUAAGUGCUUAACAUGUCAGAGGCCCCAGCACCAAAACAAAAAUAUGGAGUGUUGGCCUGGCGGUGGUGGUGCACGCCUUUAAUCCCAGCACG